AUCGUGAGAACCAGUCAAUCCUCAUCACUGGAGAAUCCGGUGCAGGGAAGACUGUGAACACAAAGCGUGUCAUCCAGUACUUUGCAACAAUUGCAGCGAGCGGGGAGAAGAAGAAGGAGGAGCAGCAGUCAGGCAAAAUGCAGGGAACGCUUGAGGAUCAAAUCAUCAGCGCCAACCCACUGCUGGAGGCCUUUGGAAACGCCAAGACUGUGAGGAAUGACAACUCCUCACGCUUUGGCAAAUUCAUCAGAAUCCACUUUGGAGCCACAGGCAAACUGGCUUCUGCUGACAUUGAAACUUAUCUGCUGGAGAAGUCGAGAGUCACUUUCCAGCUCAAGGCAGAAAGAAGCUACCACAUAUUUUAUCAGAUCACCUCCAACAAGAAGCCAGAGCUAAUUGACAUGCUCCUCAUUACCACCAACCCUUAUGAUUUCCACUUUGUGAGUCAAGGUGAAAUCACUGUUCCAAGCAUUGAUGACCAGGAAGAACUGAUGGCCACAGAUAGUGCCAUUGACAUCCUGGGCUUCACUGCUGAUGAAAAGACUGCCAUCUACAAGCUGACGGGGGCUGUCAUGCCCUAUGGGAACUUGAAGUUCAAGCAGAAACAACGGGAGGAGCAGGCAGAGCCCGACGGCACAGAAGUUGCUGACAAGGCUGCCUACCUGAUGGGUCUGAACUCGGCAGACCUGCUGAAGGCGCUGUGCUACCCCCGAGUCAAAGUGGGGAAUGAAUUUGUGACCAAGGGUCAAACUGUGCAGCAGGUGCACAAUUCAGUGGGUGCUUUAGCAAAGGCUGUCUAUGAAAAGAUGUUCCUGUGGAUGGUUGUUCGUAUCAAUCAACAGCUGGAUACGAAGCAACCCAGACAGUACUUCAUUGGUGUCCUGGACAUUGCUGGCUUUGAGAUCUUUGAUUUCAACAGCUUUGAGCAGCUGUGCAUCAACUUUACCAAUGAGAAACUGCACCAGUUCUUCAACCACCACAUGUUCGUGCUGGAGCAGGAAGAGUACAAGAAGGAAGGAAUUGAAUGGACAUUCAUUGACUUUGGGAUGGACCUGGCUGCCUGCAUUGAGCUGAUUGAGAAGCCCAUGGGCAUCUUCUCCAUCCUGGAAGAGGAGUGCAUGUUUCCCAAGGCAACAGACACCUCUUUCAAGAACAAGCUCUAUGAUCAGCAUCUGGGCAAGUCCAGCAACUUCCAGAAACCAAAACCUGCUAAAGGCAAGGCAGAGGCCCACUUCGCCCUGGUGCACUACGCUGGUACAGUGGAUUACAAUAUCACCGGUUGGCUUGAGAAGAACAAAGACCCCCUGAAUGAAACAGUCAUUGGGUUGUACCAGAAAUCUUCUGUGAAGACAUUGGCCUUGCUCUUUGCCAACUAUGGUGGAGCAGACGCAGAGGCUGGUGGUGGUGGCAAGAAGGGUGGCAAGAAGAAGGGUUCUUCUUUCCAGACUGUCUCAGCUCUUUUCCGGGAGAACCUAAACAAGCUG